GCUGCGGUUAAGUAAAUAUAGACCGGAUUGGAUAAAAGCCCUUUUAACUUACAAAACCCUUCUAAAAACGGGCUGAACAAGGAUUUAAAAUAGAGGCCCGAACCGUUAAACACCACUAGCUGUGACCUAUCUUGGGCAUAAAGCUUUAAUUCAUCAACUUAGAAUUUCUAUGUUCUGUCUUUAAUUUCAAGUGUUCACGAAAUAUUCUUCAAGUAAACUUAGACUUAAUCUUUUAUUCAUCGACAAAUAGAUCAACAUCCAACUCAUACAAGCAUAUAAAAUAAAUACAAAUUCAUAAGCGGCACAUGCAAAGUCAAACUUUGAAAUAAAACUUUAUACACAUCUAAUACUAGGAGUAGAAUAAUCCAUGUAACACACCCUUGUUUUGUUAUAGUUUAUUUUUCCACCAAAGACUUCCAAAUCUCUAAGAAUUCGAUUUGAUCUUCAUUCUAUUUACGUUGACUUUCUGCUUCUUAAAUUCUUAAAGAACCUACACCCAAGCUAAGCUACCAUGGCAUCGGCAGUAAUCCCGCUUCUCCUAACCAUCUUAUCAAUCUCAACUCGAAAUAUCACAGUAUCUGCGGAUGAAGAUUUAGGUGGUCUUGAAAGAGUUUGCUUUGGCAACUCUACCAAGCUCAAAAAUUCCACAAAUCUUAAUUUCAAGAACAAUGUUUAUUCACUUUUACCACUUCUUGUUUCUGCUUCUUCAUCUUCAAAUCCGCCAUUAAAUUUCUAUAAUACCUCUGUGAGCAUAUCUCCUCCUAGAGCUUACGGUUCUUAUCUCUGUCGAGGCGAUUUAAGUCCUACACAAUGUCACAAUUGUUUAGUCAACGUAACAAAAUUUCUAUCCAGCCUCGAGAUUGACUCAUCUGAAUGCUUUGGGUCCGAUUUUCUUUGGUGUAUGGUACGUUACGCAAACACCUCGAAUUACAAAGUGUAUGAAGAGGUUAGUGUAUUUACAUAUCAACCAAUCGGACAGAACGUAACCAACUAUAAUCAAUACAAUGAAACAUUGUCGAAGGCUAUUACGGGACUCAUUACAGAAGCUGGUUAUGGUAAUUGGACGAAGAAUUAUGUUACAAAGGCUGUACAGGUGACGGGGCGAUCUGAUCAGAAAAUAUAUGUACUUGUGCAAUGCACGCCUGAUAUUUCAGCGAUGAAUUGUAGUAAAUGUUUAAGAGAAUUAUAUUCUUAUAUUCCUUUAUGUUGUAGUGGUACUCAAGGUGGAGUUCUUGCUCAUGCUAAGUGCUUGAUGAAGUAUAAUAAUCAGUCUUUUUUUGGUGCUGCAAGUCCUAGUUUUAUGCCUGCUUUGUUCAUGGUUACCAUGGCCUUGUUACCAACUAUGUAUUCAUUUAUGUGAAGUAUUCGAUAUAAUGUUAUGUUUUAAGUUGGUAUUUCAAUCAUAUAAACUCUUUUUCAUGUCAAUUUUCAUAAGCAGAUUACAUAAGCACGUUUUGGUGAUUUUUAUUGAGAGUUUUCUUGACAUGGUAGUCAAGGAAGCAGGACUAUGGUGAAGCGGCCAUGUAACAAAAUGUUGACAAGAAUAUAAAUGAUCAAACUCCAAAUUAAUAUGGGCUUUUUGGGAAAGUGUCCAAAAAGAAAUUUGUGUAGGCUAGGCCAUAAGAUGAAAAUAUCAUAGUAAUGCUGAUCACUCACGGUUGGUGGGCUCAACAAACCUCUUCAUUUGUUUUAACUUAAAGUAUGUUGUUAAUGUAGAAAAUCAUAAUGCGGAAUUUGGUUAGACUUUAGUCUGGUGAAAACUAAAUUUAUAUUAAAUAAUAAUAAGAGGUACCACCUCUACUUAUACAAGAGAUUAUAACCAAAUUAAGAAAACGAAAUAUUACGAAAUAAUAAAUUUAAGGAAACUAAAUCACAAUAAUAUAAAAUAUAAAUAUAAUAUUCUACUAAUAUUUUACUUUCCUACAAUUAACGCCAAGAAAUCAACUCAACCAAAAGCUUUAAUCUGGUGGUUGAGACCCUAAUAUAUGUUGUAUACUACCCCUCAUAAGAGACAAGACUCCAUUUACGCUAGAAGUGUGGAUACAACAUGUCAAGAGGUUGUCUAUAAGUUCAGUUCAAGGUGUACAAGAAUUCAAAAAUGAGCUAGGUCUUGUUGGUGUAUUGAUGAAGCUAUUGGGAUUUUGUAUAGCAAGUCCAGGGCUAGAACCAAGAAUUAUUCUAACUCAAUUUAAUAUAGAGUUCAUUGACUAAACAGUACAUCAUAUAUAUAAACAUUUAAUUGACAUCAUCAUCAUAAGCUGAUUCAGUAAGUAUUCAAACUAAUCUCAUCAUUGACUAUUCAU